UUGAGAACCGGAAUGGUCCCCUCGCAUACACCUCUAAACAUUCAAAGACACCCAAACAUAAUGUUAUUCGUAUUCAUUUUGAGUUUUUUAGCGUUUAGUUUAAUAACAGAAUGUCAGAAGUUCAGGUCAGAUUACGAAUACUUCAGCGACGUAGACGGUUUCUUGAAAUUCCAUGUGAUUCCGGCUAACUGGCAUGAGGCUCGCCUAAGAUGUACAAUGGAAGGUGCGGUGCUGGCGUCACCGUCAAAUGCAAAAAUGUUGUCGACCAUGAUUUCGCUGAUGAAAGGCAAAACAGAAACAGUUUUCACAGGAAUACAUUCCACAUUCUCUGGCGGAGACUUUGCUACCAUAGACGGAGUGCCAAUAUCAGCGGUCCCUGCGCCCUGGGACCCGAGUCAACCAGACAACAAGUACAACAGGGAGAACUGCAUCAUUUUGCGCAUCACCGAACGCAUCGCAGACGUGAAGUGCGAUAACGUGCAUCGGUACAUGUGCUAUAGGAAGCACGACGCCACCACCAAUGCCCAGAAUGAGUGUGGAACUAUUGAUAGUCAGUAUGAACUGGCGCAAGAAACUGGCCACUGUUACAAGUUCCACAGGACCCCACGCACCUGGUCGCGCGCCCACAUGGCGUGCACUGCUGAAGGUGGCUACCUGGUGAUCAUCAACAGCCAGGAGGAAGCCAACGUCAUCAGCAGAAUUUUCAAUGCCGUCCCACCAUCGGAGAUCACCGUCAUACAAGACCAACACCUCGCUUACGUUGGUGUGCAAGACUGGGGUGAACACGGCACCUGGAUGACUGUUCAUGGUCAGAGCCUGCAGGAGGCAGGGUACAGCAAAUGGGGCAGAGAGGGGCAAGAGCCUAACAACUUCACGGGCGCCCACACUAAAUGGGUCGGCGAGUACUGCCUCUCCAUCUACACCAACGCCGAGCUGAACGACAUCUGGUGCGAGUACAUCAUGGGCUUCUUCUGCGAGAAGGAUCCUAAGAGCUUAGCUAUUGAAUAAUAAAAUAUUUUUAACA